ACCACAGCUGCGAUUCCAAAUACAUUUUCUUCUACUUCACACCAAACGCAAAUUUUCACACACCAUCGACACUUGAAAACGCUGUCGUUUUGUACUUAUGGAAGAGGUAUCGACUGGGGCAACAGUCCCGGCGGUUAAGUUAGAGCCGAAGCCAUCGUCCUCCUCCGCCGCUGUGGUGGCCAUUGCAGCAGCACCGGCGUCGUCCGAGCAUACAGCGGAGGAGGAAGCAGGAAAAUCGGAGGCGGAUAAGGAUUUUCUAUGUCCGAUAUGUAUGCAAAUCAUUAAGGAUGCGUUUUUAACAGCUUGCGGACAUAGUUUUUGCUAUAUGUGUAUAAUUACUCAUCUCCGUAACAAGAAUGACUGCCCUUGCUGUACUCAGUAUCUCACUACUAAUCAGCUUUUCCCUAAUUUCUUGCUCCAGAAGCUAUUGAAGAAAGCUUCUGCUCGUCAAUCUUCAAAAAAUGCGUCUCCUGUUGAGCAUUUUCGCCGUGUAUUACAGCAGGGUUGUGAAAUUUCAAUUAAGGAACUGGACAGUCUUAUGUCGAUGCUAUCAGAGAAGAAGAGGAAAAUGGAACAGGAAGAAGCUGAGAGAAAUAUGCAAAUACUGCUAGAUUUCUUACAGUAUUUGCGGAAGCAAAAAGUUGAUGAAUUAAACGAGGUACGCUCUGAUCUCCAAUAUAUUAAGGAGGACGUAGAGGCAGUAGAGAAACAUAGAAUGGAGUUAUACCGCGUUAGAGAUAGAUACUCUAUGAAAUUAAGGAUGCUUGGAAAUGAUCCCAAUAUGAGAAAUCUACGGCCUUCAACUCACGAGAAGAGUAAUAGUGGUGUGAUUAGCAGUUCGUUUAGUGGAAGAGGAGGGAUGACUACAGGGAAUCUUCCAACCAAGAAAAUGGAUGGUAAGGCUCAAGGAAGCUCUCAUGGGCUUCAGAGAAAGGAUUCUUUAACUGGGCUAGACUCACAAUUUAAUCAGUCAGGGCUAUCUGUUGUAAGGAAAAAGCGAGUCCAUGCUCAGUUUAAUGAUCUUCAAGAGUGUUAUCUGCAAAAGCGUCGUCAGUCUGCUAAUCAGGCGCUUAAUCAGCCGCUUGACCAGCUUGAAAGGGAUAAAAGUUUAAUACAAAGAGAGGGCUACAGCGUGGGCCUUAUAGAUUUUCAAUCUGUCCUCAGUACCUUCACUCAGUACAGUCGGUUAAGGGUCAUUGCUGAGCUCAGACAUGGGGAUAUCUUCCACUCGGCCAAUAUAGUGUCAAGCAUAGAAUUUGACAGGGAUGAUGAAUUAUUUGCUACUGCUGGAGUUUCCAGGAGAAUCAAAGUUUUCGACUUCUCUACAGUUCUCAAUGACCCUGCGGAUGUGCAUUGCCCUGUUGUGGAGAUGUCAACACGCUCUAAACUUAGCUGUUUGAGUUGGAACAAGUUUGCCAAGAAUCAGAUAGCUAGUAGUGACUAUGAAGGAAUUGUAACUGUUUGGGAUGUGACAACUAGGCAGAGUGUGAUGGAAUAUGAAGAGCAUGAAAAACGUGCAUGGAGUGUUGAUUUCUGUCGCACAGAACCCUCAGUGCUUGUAUCUGGCAGUGACGAUUGUAAGGUCAAAGUUUGGUGCACAAAUCAGGAAGCUAGUGUUCUCAACAUUGACAUGAAAGCGAAUAUUUGUUGCGUCAAGUAUAACCCUGGAUCUAGCAAUCACAUAGCGGUUGGGUCGGCGGACCAUCAUAUUCAUUAUUAUGACUUGAGAAACAUCAGCCAACCACUUCAUGUAUUCAGCGGGCACAGGAAAGCUGUUUCAUAUGUAAAAUUCCUGUCUAACAGUGAGCUUGCUUCAGCAUCAACAGACAGUACAUUACGAUUAUGGGAUGUGAAGGAGAAUGUGCCUGUUCGGACAUUCAGAGGCCACACAAAUGAGAAAAAUUUUGUCGGUCUCUCGGUAAAUCGCGAGUACAUUGCAUGUGGGAGUGAAACAAAUGAAGUUUUUGUCUAUCACAAGGAAAUAUCGAAACCUGUUACGUGGCAUAGAUUUGGUUCACCUGAAAUAGAUGAUGCCGAAGAGGAUGCAGGAUCUUACUUCAUAAGUGCUGUAUGCUGGAAGAGUGACAGUCCUACGAUGUUAACUGCAAAUAGCCAAGGAACAAUAAAGGUUUUGGUUCUUGCAGCUUAAUAAUUAAAUUACUAGGGUAUGAAAGAAAAAGGGAAAUUAAUGUUUUGAAAAUAUUUAGCGAUAAACUGUUUAUGGGUGAUUAUUGUUUUGUAUAUAUAUAUCGCUCGAGCCUCCAUUGGUUGAUGGCGGAGCCUGUGGUUGUGGUUCCGGUUCUGUUUUUUUAGCUAAUAAGUGUAUAAGCUUUUACAAGAAAUGCAGUCUCAUAGAAUUUGUUAA